CCGGCUCUUAUCGUUCACUUAAAAGAGCCGUCUCAAAGAGACGACUCGUUCUUGACCUGCACAUCAGUAGUUGGGAAAAGCCGAGCACCGUGGCUGAAAAACUUUGGGGAAAAAAUGGAAAAAGUAACAGGAGUAAAGACUUUAUUAUCCGAGCAUCCGCUGGAGAGAUAAAGGAACAACAGCGGAUGGAUUUUCACCAUGAAGUAGUUUUCUAACUGACAAUGGUGUCGAAGGAGUCAAAGACGCGGAUUUUGUCUCAUUUCCAUUGAAAGUAAAGUUCCUCAUGGAGAAAGGAGCCAGUCGGGAGUCAUGAGCACAGGUGUGAAGAAGCCUCCAUUAGCUCCCAAACCUAAACUCCCAUCUCCCACCAAACCCUCUCCCCCACCCAUCGCCCCCAAACCAGGCCUCCUCUCCCAGCCUUCGGUCGUCUCCCAACCCUCCCCUGCUACUCUCAAGAGGACAAAACCGGCCGUCGCCCCCAAACCGUGCAUUCCCAAAUCCCCCGCUUCGUCUCCCACUGUUUCACCCCCGCCACCCAAACCCGGUGAACCCUUUAUCCUAUCACAGGAAGUUUUAGGAGAUAGCCUCUCGCUUCUCAACUCCAGAAAUGGGAUCUUAUCAGAGGCGAGCAAACGUGACUCGGAUUACAUCAUUCCCACCUGCUCCUGUGGGCUCCACCAGGACUGCUCCCAGUGCCAGCGUCUGGAAAACGGAAAUACAACGAGCGAUUUGCACGACGAGGUGUUGCAGAAUGGGAUUUCUACAGAAGGAUUCGCAGGGACGAGGCCACAAGAGAAAGCAGAAAACCGAGAGGAGAGGGUAGAUAAGGGUGACGGUGGAGGGAUUAGCAAAAAGCCAAGGGAUAAACCUCAAAGACAGAAACAUCUGGACAGGGGACUGGUUAACAAAGAGACACAGAGGACUGAGGAGACUUUAAAACACCAGGAAAGUGCUGUUAAUGAACCCGAUGUUUCAAAAGAGGAUGUACAAACAGAGGCCCAAAACACAGAUUUAACAGAGUCGGCCUGUGAUGUUGCAGGCAGCAUCAUUGUCUCCCCGAGUAUCACUCCUCAUGAGUCUUCUGCAGAGUCUGUUCAGGAAGAAGUGCCUAGUGAGCCUAUCAGCAGGUUACACCUGGAUCUGCAGGUCCCUGCUGCCCCCAGUAAGCCUCUCCCGGUCCCUCAGCCACGCAGACUUAAAAAGCCAGCCCUGAUGAGGCAGGAUGGCGUGGAGGCCCAGGAUCACAUGGCGGAGGAACAAAAACAGGAGCUUGAGAUGCGAGAGGAUGAGGGGAAAGUGAAUCUAGCAGGUCUGUUUCUCAGUUCAGACGGCGAGGAGCUCAAACAGGACACAUGUGUCGACCUUUUACCCCAGGAAGACUUGGGAGACGAUGAAACUGACGCACCCGUCCCCCCUCCUCGACAAACCUCCCUCUCACCUCGCCUUCACAGAACUAUCCACUUGCCGCCCUCUCUCAACAAAAACACCUCCCACUCUUUAGUCCUGCUCUCACACGCCGACUCAACGAGCCACAAAAAGAGGGGCGAGGAGCACAAGGUGGUGGAGGAUGAGGAGGACGGGUACGGCGACUUUGAGCGCUACCCGAUCACUCACAGCCUCCCCAAACAGAUCAAACUCGGCUGUCAUCCUCCUCUGGCUAACGCGAGGAAAGCCUUCUCCGCCGAGGACCAGCGGUCGCCGAGGGCGCCCCCCAGAAAACCUCAGAGACACAGUCUGCCAACUCCACCUCCGCCCUCGAUCUGCCCUCCUGCACCUCCACACGCUAACACCCCGAUGAGGGAGCUGCCCGCGCCUCCUCAGGAGAAAACAGCCUGGCGCUUCACCCGACCCUGCGUGACCUUCUUCAGCCGGCAGAUUCCCACCAGGAGCAGCGUGCCGCCAAAGAGCAGAGCUCCGGCGCUGGGGGGGAAGCAGAGGGCGCAGUCCUUCUCUGCAGCCGACCUGGCAACCCGGGCCGACUCGAAGAGAAGCCUCUCAUUCCGCAAGCUGCUGGAGCUCCGGCUGUCUGUCAAGAUGCUGCCGAAACUGCUGGCGAAGGGGGGGCAGUCUCUGGACUGUACCAGCGUGGACUCACACCGGGUGGAGAAGAGCCUGGAGCGGCCCAGCAGCUGCAUAGUGGAGUCUGAUAUCUGUGGAGAGAACGGAGAGGAGCCAGUGGAGUAUGAGAACGUUCCUCUGUAUGAGGAGAUCCCAGAGUACAUGAACCUGCCGUUCCACGGUGCGAGGCUGGGCUGGCCUCAUGACCCUGACGGAGACGAUUCAGACAUCUAUGAGGUGCAGGACCCCUAUCACAGGGGCUUCGACCACGAGUACGAGAGUGGCUGGCUGGGGCAGGACGUCCACUCUGAGGAGGAGGAGAUCAACAGUUCAGAUGAAGAGGACAACAGCUCCACCUCCAGCAAGGAGCAGCUGGACGAGGCAGACCGACAGCAAGAGGAUGAGAUGAAGAGGAAGAAGGUGGUGCACAUCGCCCAGGAGAUUAUGAGCUCAGAGAAAGUGUUUGUGGACGUCCUGAAGCUUCUUCACAUAGACUUUCGGGAUGCUGUCGCCAAGGCAACCCGUCAGAAUGGGAAGCCGGUGGUGGACGAGCGGAUCCUCAACCAGAUCCUGUAUUACCUGCCACAACUCUACCAGCUCAACAGAGACCUGCUGAGGGAGCUGGAGGACAGAGUGGCACACUGGAGCGAUCACCAGAGACUGUCGGACAUCUUUGUCCAAAAGGGUCCUUACCUGAAGAUGUACUCCACCUACAUCCGCCAGUUUGACAACAACGUGGCUCUGCUGGACGAACAGUGCAGGAAAAACACCGCGUUCGCUGCUGUCGUCAGAGAGUUUGAGACGAGUCCACGAUGUGCCAGUCUGGCUCUGAAACACUACCUGCUGAAACCAGUGCAGAGGAUCCCUCAGUACCAGCUGCUGCUCACAGAUUAUCUGAAGAACCUUCCAGAGGACUCCGAGGACUAUAAAGACACACAAGCUGCCCUCAGCAUCGUGAAGGAAGUGGCCAACCACGCUAACGACAUCAUGAAACAAGGGGAUAACUUCCAGAAGCUGAUGCAGAUCCAGUACAGUCUCAACGGUCACCACGAGAUCGUCCAGCCAGGCAGGGUGUUUCUGAAGGAGGGAACUCUGAUGAAGCUGUCCAGGAAAGUCAUGCAGCCUCGGAUGUUCUUCCUGUUUAAUGAUGCACUCAUGUACACCACUCCGGUCCAGUCCGGCCAGUAUAAACUCAACAGUGUCCUCUCUCUGGCUGGGAUGAAGGUGAGUAAACCGAGCCAGGAGGCCUAUCAGAACGAGCUGAACAUUGAAAGUGUUGAACGCUCUUUCAUCCUGUCUGCCAGCUCAGCCACAGAGAGAGACGAGUGGCUGGAGGCCAUCGCUAAGGCCAUAGACGACUACACCAAGAAGAAAAUCACCUUCAUAUCAAGUCGAAGUCAGGAGGAGGCGGAGGGCGUUGUCGACACUGGGGCCCCGCUGGGUUCAAAGGCUCCCAUCUGGAUCCCAGACCUGAGAGCCACCAUGUGCAUGAUCUGCACCUGCGAGUUCACACUCACCUGGAGGAGGCAUCACUGUCGCGCCUGUGGCAGGGUGGUGUGUCAGGCGUGCUCCGCCAAUAAGUACUACCUGGAGUACUUGAAGAACCAGCCGGCACGUGUGUGUGAUCACUGCUUCGUCAAACUGCAGGAGAAUAGUGACCGCUGUGCCUCAACAUCAGUUUCUCCGAUCAAAUCUGGAGCUUUCUCCUUCACGAGAAAACAGAAGAAGAUUCCUGCUGCACUAAAAGAGGUGUCCGCUAACACUGAGAACUCCUCCAUGAGCGGCUACUUAAACAGGUCAAAAGGCAACAAGAAGCAGUGGAAGCGGCUGUGGUUUGUCAUCAAGAAUAAAGUCCUGUACACCUACGCUGCCAGCGAGGAUGUUGCGGCGCUGGAGAGUCAGCCGCUGCUCGGUUUCUUCCUGAGGGAGGAGAAGAACGGGCCGGCUCAGAAGCUGCAGUUUAAGCUGUAUCACAAAAACACGCUGUUUUACAUCUUUAAAGCUGACGACAUCCCCACCGCACAGAGAUGGAUCGAAGCCUUCCAGGAGGCGAUGAUUCUUGAACAGUAAUUAGGUUUUACAGCAGUGAAGUGGCAUCACAGCCCCGGAGCCAGUUAAUAAGACAACUUACGACCCCCGAUUGAUGUCAAGUCGGGGGUCACCAGCUCAGGAAGGACUCCGGAUGGACUGUUUACUUUAAACCCACUGCAGAACGCCACGUUACUGUAUGUGGGUGGAAACCAGACCGCUUUUCCCCUCAAAGAACUGGAUCUCUAAUUUCUACCAACAACAUCUACUGAUGCUCAGCUGAGAUCAGAGUUAAUAGUUUGUCGCAGCUGUGGGUCAAAGGUCAAGUCCAGAAGCACGUCUGUGGAAGUGAGACGGAACAGUUGUCGGGGAAUAUUUAAAGCCCUCAGAAAGCUGAGGAAGUCUGGGAAUUAUUUUUAAUUGCAAACGGAUGAAGGAAUUACUUUUGUGUGAAAGAAAAUAUACAAAACUGUCCACCUUCAUUUGAUCAUGUUGAUAUUGGCGAGUUUAAAACCUACAGUGUCGUUUUGUUAAAGCAAAAAAUCUAAAGAGAAUUUAAAAAUACACACACACAUUAUAAAAUAUUCGAAGAUGUUUCAUCUGUAUCAUGGAUGCAAAGUGUCGCCGAUGUCUGUUCAAGAGUUCAAUGAUGCAACUAGGUGGGAUUUUACUGUGAAAAUCCAGCUUCUACAAAGAAACAGGAAGUUCUGCUCUUUAGGUUGAUCUCUCUGGUUAAGAGAUUUUACUCCUGUAUAUUUCAAAUUUAACACACAAAACAUUUAAAUGAUGGUUUAAAGAAACAUCCUGGAGAAAACUGGAAAUGUCAUGAAUAAUGUAGAUAUUUUUUCAUACAGUUUUUAAAAUGUAUUUUUGCCUGUUUAGCCACAUUAGAAAUGGUUUAAUGGGUAAAAACUGUGUAUAUGGACAUGAAAGAGCAACAUUGACCUUUUUUAUAUCGAAGCCGAGAGCUAAUAUUUAUAAAAUAGGAAGAUUUAUUGUUUGAAGAGCACAGGCUGCCGCUUAUUUUGGGAGUCAGGGUUUGUUAGGAAAUAUGUUUCCAUCAGUUAUUCUUUUAAAUUUAAAAGAAAAAAGGGGAUUUCUUUUUAUGGGCAAAUACUGUGGAAAGUAUGCAUGAACUAUAUUUCUAAGGAAAUGCUCAAAAGAAAGGAAACAUUUUGAAUUUUGAUGCUUGUUUUUGCAGACAUUGUGCCUUAUAUCUCCUGUUUUGAGAUGAAUUGCAAUAAUAUAGGUGCUCUGUUCGACAUUAGUCACUAAAUAAGGACACAUUUAAGCAUCCAGUUUGCAGGACUACUCACUUUCUAGCCAGGGUACUCGAGGUUUGUAGUUUUAAAAACACAUUUUUUACACGUCUGUUUCUUCUUGGUUAGGUUUCCAUACAGUAUGUUGCACUACCCCAUUGUCACAGUGGGAGAAAUCCUGUUUUUUUUAGUGAAGGAAUAAAACGGUUAAUUCUGUCAUUAUAGCUCUCUGGCUGCUGUCGUCAUACAUUUCAUGUGUUAGUGAGGUAUAAAUCUGCUAGUCCAGGAAGCAUUUCUUCACGAUUGUACAUUAACAGCGACCAUUUGUAAACAUCUACUCUAUCAGAGUUAGAGUCUCUUAUAUUCUAAACUGUCAGGCAACAGUUUUUAAUAAAAUAUAUAUAAAUAUAU